AUAUCAUCUGACGUCACAAAACGGCGACUCGUUGUCAGGGAACAAAAUGGCGUAUUACUGUUUGACUGUCACUAGGCUACGGCUGGCCCUCGGGCCCGGGGCCCGGAGGGUCCACGUCGCCGCGGCCCUCAGGGCCAGGGCUCAGGUGUCCAUGAGCCGCUUCGAACCGGACUCCUUCGUCAACUACGAGAAGAUGAGCAAGAACAUUGGCAUCGUUCGCAAGAGGCUGGGCCGGCCGCUCACGCUGUCGGAGAAGAUCGUGUACGGCCACCUGGACGACCCGGCGGGCCAGGAGAUCGAGCGCGGCCGCACCUACCUGCGUCUGCGGCCGGACCGCGUGGCCAUGCAGGACGCCACGGCCCAGAUGGCCAUGCUGCAGUUCAUCAGCAGCGGGCUGCCACGCGUCGCCGUGCCCUCCACCAUCCACUGUGACCACCUGAUCGAGGCCCAGACCGGGGCGGACAAGGACCUGCAGCGGGCCAAGGAUGUAAACAAAGAAGUCUACAACUUCCUGGCAACUGCCGGAGCCAAAUAUGGAGUUGGCUUCUGGAAGCCCGGGUCGGGGAUCAUCCACCAGAUCAUCCUGGAGAACUACGCCUACCCCGGCGUGCUGCUGAUCGGGACCGACUCCCACACGCCCAACGGCGGCGGCCUGGGCGCCAUCUGCAUCGGGGUGGGCGGGGCCGACGCCGUGGACGUCAUGGCCGACAUCCCCUGGGAGCUCAAGUGUCCCAACGUGAUCGGGGUGAAGCUCACCGGCAGCCUCUCCGGCUGGACGUCCCCCAAGGACGUGAUCCUGAAGGUGGCCGGCAUCCUGACGGUGAAGGGGGGCACGGGGGCCAUCGUGGAGUACCACGGCCCCGGGGUCGACUCCAUCUCCUGCACAGGGAUGGCCACCAUCUGCAACAUGGGCGCUGAAAUCGGAGCCACCACCUCAGUGUUCCCGUACAACCACCGCAUGAGGACCUACCUGGAGAAGACAGGCCGCAGGGAGAUCUCUGCGGUGGCGGACUCCUUCCACCAGGACCUGGUCCCAGACGAGGGCUGUGAGUACGACCAGGUGGUGGAGAUCAACCUGAGUGAGCUGAAGCCCCACAUCAACGGGCCCUUCACCCCGGACUGGGCCCACCCCGUCUCCGAGAUCGGGGCCACGGCUAAGAAGAACGACUGGCCCCUGGAGGUUAAAGUGGGUCUGAUCGGCAGCUGCACCAACUCCAGCUACGAGGACAUGGGCCGGGCGGCGUCGUUGGCCAAGCAGGCGCUGGACAAGGGGCUCCGCUGCAAGUCUGAGUUCACGGUGACCCCCGGGUCGGAACAGAUCAGGGCCACCAUCGAGAGGGACGGAUACGCCCAGAUCCUGAGAGACGUUGGCGGGGUGGUCCUGGCCAACGCGUGCGGGCCCUGCAUCGGCCAGUGGGACAGGAAGGACGUGAAGAAGGGAGAGAAGAACACCAUCGUCACGUCCUACAACCGCAACUUCACCGGCCGGAACGACGCCAACCCCGCCACGCACGCCUUCGUCACCUCCCCAGAGGUCGUCACGGCGAUGGCCAUCGCCGGCACGCUGGACUUCAACCCGGAGACGGACUUCCUGACGGCGGCCAACGGGGAGAAGUUCAGGCUGCAGCCGCCCACCGGAGACGAGUUGCCGUCCCGGGACUUCGACCCGGGCCAGGACACCUACCAGCACCCCCCCCCCCAGGGGUCCAGCGUCAAGGUGGACGUCAGUCCCUCCAGUAACCGCCUGCAGCUUCUGGAGCCGUUCGACCGCUGGAGCGGAACGGACCUGGAGGAGCUCAGGGUGCUGAUCAAGGUGAAGGGGAAGUGCACCACGGACCACAUCAGCGCCGCGGGGCCCUGGCUCAAGUUCCGGGGCCACCUGGACAACAUCUCCAACAACAUGCUGAUCGGAGCGGUCAACACGCAGAACGACGGCGUCAACAGCGUCAAGAACCAGCUGACGGGGCAGUACGGGGGGGUGCCCGAGGUGGCCCGCCACUACAAGGCGGAGGGCGUGGGCUGGGUGGUGGUCGGGGAUGAGAACUACGGCGAGGGCUCCAGCCGGGAGCACGCCGCCCUGGAGCCACGCCACCUGGGGGGGCGCGCCAUCAUCGUCAAGAGCUUCGCCCGCAUCCACGAGACCAACCUGAAGAAGCAGGGCAUGCUGCCCCUGACCUUCGCCGACCCCCAGGACUAUGACAAGGUCGGCCCUGAGGACAAGGUCUCCAUCCAGGGCCUGGAGUCCUUCAGCCCCGGGAAGCCCCUGACGGCGGUCCUGAAGCACGCCGAUGGCAGCCUGGACUCCAUCUCCCUGAACCACACCUUCAACCAGCCCCAGAUCGAGUGGUUCAAGGCGGGCUCCGCCCUCAACCGCAUGAAGGAGCUCCAGUGAGGAGGGGGAGGGAGGGAGGGAGGGGGAGGAGGAGGAGGUGAUGAGGGGAGGGGGGGAUGGGUUCCAUGGGGUAGCAGAAGAGCUUCGACGAGCAGAGCUGUCUGACUAAUUAAAUUUGUUAGGAAAACCUCGUGUGUACGGGAGUGAGAUGGAAGAUGGAAGAUGGCCGCCGCAUUGCUGCGGGUUUGCUGUUUAGGUACGGAGUCUUUAGACGCACACGCGCGGUCGCUGUAAAAAUUAAAAGCGCACACAUUCACUCACACAGGCAAACGCACAACACACCGAUGAGACGACAACGCAAGCACUCCAGGGCAGGACGCACACACACACACACACACACACACAGCUUUGUCGACGUUAGCUUUGCAUGAACUGUUUCCCACCUUCGUCUGAAUCACGUUUGCGCGGCUUUUUUGCACGCAUACAUACGCACACAUACAUGCACACACAUAUACGUGCACACAUACACGCACAAACACACACGCACAUACAUGCACGCACACACCCUGAUGGCCACUCCAGGGUUCGUGCUAGUCUCGGCGAGUUUGUUCUCCAGUGCAAUAAGCAUAGUAUUGCUCGACCGAAUACAAAGGCUCCAUUCUCCUCGGACCGUCCUCCAUUAUGGCAGCAGUGAAGACAAAGCCAUGUUGUAUUGAUCUGGGUCCGCAGCUCUCCUCACUGUUCUCUCCCUCAUCUCGCUGCGGUUCCAAACCCUCCCAUGAUGCACUUGGACCUUGGGCCGCAUUCAAAGGCCCGUUGAUUACUGUCUCCUCGCUCAACCCAACGCACAAUCCAGCGUCCCGCAGCCCGGGCGCGGGACGCGGGACGUAGUCCAGCUUCACGCAGCUCUCAUUCUCUUAAACAUUUCAAACUCAAAACAUUCUCGUGUGUUGUUGAGAUAUGCUGGUUGUAGAGGAAACACCACUGAUCUGAAUCACUUUAUUUAAACAACACAAAUGGUAUAUAAUCUAUGUUUGGUCCUUCAUGUUAAUAUCUUAUAUAUUGCUGCACUGUGUACAUUUAAAGGUAUAUAUGUGAUAUAAAGUCUCCUCCCAAGAGGUUCCCUAUCUCCCUCUUACACUUGAAUAUUCAUGAUAACGAGCCACUGGUUUUAACGAGUCCUACCAGAACCACAACAGGAUGUCAAGCGGUUCUGGCUGAUGAGUUCGAUCUGUGUGCGCUAUCUGUUGAACUGAAUGACGAGUUGCUGAUGUGUGAAUAACUGAAAAGUUUGGAUUUUACUUUUGUUUAUUUUACAUUUUUAUAUUAGAUUGUCCGAGGUUUGGAUUUCCAGCUCGUUAAAUGUAUGAAGAGCGAAGCAAGUAAUGUGAAGUGAUAACUGGCCCUCCCCAAAGCCGUUGGUCGGUGAUCAGUACUCCGUUUAUCUCCUUUAUUUAAUGCAGUGAUUGCCAGAAAUGCCUCCACUAACAACUAACACCUGUACGCACAAUCACCCCAAUGUACCAAAAAAGUAUAAUUAUUUGUUUUUUGUUACAAUUCCCAUCUUCCUGGUUUAAAUUGUAUUUCGGUGUUUGUGAUCGCAGAACCUGUAAAAGGCAGAACGUAGAAGCAGAAUCUGCAGAAGUAGAACCUGUAGAAGCAGAACACAUAGAAGCAGAACCUGUAGAAGCAGAACACAUAGAAGCAGAACCUGUAGAAGCAGAACACAUAGAAGCGAUCGGCUCCUCUCCAUCAGUCUGUUCAGAGCUCUAAACGUGACCGAUGAGACGUUCGCCCCCAUAUCGUUGUGUUUGUCCGCAGCUGUGAUGUUUCCAGUGAGCGAUUUGUCGUUUGGAGAUUAAAUAAAGUCAUGUUACUAAUGGGACUGAUCUCAUCAGAAAUAGAUGCAUUAAUCCAACAUGACCAGCUUUAGUGGUUGUGAUCUAAUGGGUAAACAUUAAGUUCCAGCCAGAGUUCUCCUACAGUGCCAUCGCCUGUCAGGUUCACCGUGAGAUUAACGCACUUGCAAUAUACAUGUUACAAUAAUUAAUAAAGAUUACAUUAUAUUUA